AAAAUAAAUUCAUUCGACACAAUAGAACGAGAAAAAGAAGAAGAAAAAGAUGAUGAUCGACGUUACCGUCGAAGUUUCUUUUUUCUUGCCGCAAUACUCUCGAUGAUUCCAUCGAGCGAGAAAGUAAUCUCGAUAUUUAUCGAUCGUUCGAUAAUUACUCGACUGCAGGCCGAGCUUUAUACACAGGACGGAAAAAAGCGUGCGAGGCGACGCGCGAUGACGUGACAAUCGAAAAACUGGGGGACACUUAAGAGUCGUGACGCGCAAAGGCGAACCCGGAGAAAAUCGUUUGAAUGCUUCGCGGAAUAAAAUAGCCGGAUUCUCGCGAAAGGGAAAAGACGUGCCAGGCCAGACAGACUGACAGACGUACCAACCGACGGAACGUGAAUAUCUGGGCUAACGAUUUCGAAAUCUCGUUACUAGAACUUUCUUCGGAACAGAUUGCCCCCUUGCGAUAAAACCUUUUCCAACGAAGUGAACAUAACAGAGGAAGAUUUGAAAUUGGCGUUUAGAGCCAUUAUUUGACAAAACUAUCGCUUUUGCUGCAGAUGUAUCUUCGCGAUAUUUCGACAUAUUGAGUAAUUGAAAUUUUAUCGUACUGGAAUGUUUUUUUUUCUCAAUCAAGACAGUAAUAUCUAUUGCAAAGUUUCUGAUUACGUAAACAAAAUUAUACGCAAGAGACAGGUAUAGUAUCAUUUAGUAAAUAACAUCAAUUUUAUUUUUCAGCACGUUCCAAUAAAGCUGAAUUAUUAAUAUUUCAAAUCAGCAAAAAUCCGCGUAUAGUAUCUAAUAAAUAACAUCAACUUCAUUUUUCAAUAAGUACCAAUGAAGAUAAAUUAUUAGUGUUUCAAAUCAAUAAAAAUCCACGUAUAGUGUCUAAUAAAUAACAACAAUAACUUCAUUUUUCAGUAAUUAUCAAUAAAGAUGAAUUCUUAGUGUUUCAGAUCAGCGAAAAAUCUAUGUAUAAUAAAUAACAACUUCAUUUUUCAUUAAGUAUUAAUAAAGAUGAAUUACUUGAAACUGAUGAAAAUCCACAUAUAGUAUCAUCUAAUAAAUAACAUUAACUUUAUUGAAAAAUAAAGUUGUUGUUAUUCAUUUCAGUAAAUGUCAAUGAAGAAAAAUUACUGCCUCAAAUCAGUGAAAAUCCACGUAUAGUAUCUAAUAAAUAACAUCAAUUUCAUUUUUACCAUGGUAAGUUUCAAUGAAGGUAAAUUACUAGUGUUUCAAAUCAAUAAAAAUCUACAUAUAGCAUCUAAUAAAUAACAACUUUAUUUUUUAGUAAGUACCAAUAAAGAAGAUUAUAUUGCCUCAAAUCAGUGAAAAUCUAUGUAUAGUAUCUAAUAAAUAAUAUCAAGUUCAUUUUUUAGUAAGUACCAAUGAAGAUAAAUUACUAGUGUUUCAAAUUAGUAAAAAUCCACGUAUAGUAUUCUAAUAAAUAACAACAAUUUCAUUUUUCAGUAAGUAUCAAUGCAGAUGAAUUAUUAGUGUUUCAAAUAAACGAAAAUCCAUGUAUAGUGUCAUCUAAUGAAUAACAAUAACUUUAUUUUUCAAUAAGUGAAUUAAUAAUGUCUCCAACCGGUGAAAAUCCACAUACAGUGUCAUCUAUAAAAAUAAUAAAUAACUUCAACUUUACUUUUCAUUAGGUACCAACAAAGAUGAAUUACUAGUACCUCCAAUGUCCAAAUCAAAUCGGCGAGAAUGCAGGUACUUAUAAACGUUAUAGUAUACGGUAAAAAACUUGAUGUAAAAAUCUUCUCUACGAUGGAACAAUAUGACUUUUAAGUGGCAGCUACACACAUCGGGCUAUGGAAACGCAAAAUAGAAAUGCAAACCGCGUUGUCUGGUGGAGGUUCCCUGAUCGACAUUCCCGGAGUAACAUGGACGCUCACGCCGACCGCGACGACAAAAGCGUCGAGGAAGACGCACGCUAGCGAGCAGCUAGCGCCAGCAGCUAGCAACCUCUCGAUGCGGCUC